AUGAGGAAGUUGCUCUGCUAUCUUCUGGUUGUUUCAUCCGCAUAUGCAAGCGAGACAGUUUUCAGUGUGAACGAUGAUGUUCUGGCGUACCCCCAGUAUGAGAUAGUAUUCUCCCAAACCUACAUCAGCGAUGCAGAGGCAGACCAGAAGCUGCGCAAAGUCGGUCAAUCACAGGGCGAGCUUGCCGGCUAUCACUCGAUAGAAGAGGAAGGGGACUACGGCCACAGUGGCGAGCCUCAGGAAGAUUACGAGCGAUUAGUGCUCAAAGGGAGACCGUUUCUUUGCUCAUUACCACGGAUCGAGGAUCUGACGAGAGACGAGAAGCCUGAGACUGCCAGUGAGGCAGAUCAAGAAAAAGAUUUGGUGGCAGCUGCAGACAGGGGAUGGGAACUGCUCCAAGAUCUUGACGGCAAAUGCAUGUUCUUUGGCUCUGGAUGGUGGUCAUAUUCCUUCUGUUACAACUCGCAAAUCAGACAAUUCCAUCAACUACCUCCUGGAAGUGGGGCCCCGAUAUACCCACCUCAGGAGGAUCCAUCAACACCAUCGUAUGUCCUGGGCAGGUUCGGCGACAAGAAGGCAGAUCGGCGCGAAAGCGGUACGAAGAACUCGGUAACUACAGAACUUCAGAUCAAAGGCGAGACCCGGUAUCUUGUCCAGAAACUUGGUGGUGGUACAACCUGUGAUCUGACCGGCAAGGACCGUCGGAUUGAGGUACAGUUUCAUUGUCAUCCACAACCGACUGAUCGAAUCGGAUGGAUCAAAGAAGUAGCGACGUGCACCUAUUUGAUGAUCAUCUAUACACCCCGAUUGUGCAAUGAUGUCGCCUUUCUACCACCACGACAAAACAAAGCACAUACGGUCGCAUGCCGAGAGAUCCUCAAACCAGACGAGGUCGCUGGGUGGGUGCGGCGUAAGUCCGUCGAAGCUGAGCGGAGCCUCGUUAAUCAAGGCAGAGAAGCACCAUUGAAGGUCGGCAAUGUUGAAAUUGGCGCCAUGAAGGAAGUCGGUAGAGAGGGUCGGCGGAUACAAAAGGGCAAGGUUGUCAGCCCUCCUGAGGAGAAAGUCGAGAUGAUUGCCAUGCAAAAGAAUGGCAAAUUGGAAAGGCUAUCCAAAGAGGACCUAAGAAAGCUCGAUCUUAACCCAGAGACCGUCGAAGCCUUCCGAAAAGAGAUUCAGGAUCUUGCUGGCAACAAAGACUGGAAAGUUGAGAAGGUAGACGACGAUCGAGGUGUCACUCAGCUACGUGGUAUUGUUGCUAGUGACAAUGAUGCCCAAGGAGUUGAUGAUAGUACAGGGGACAAAGAUGAGCCGAGCAACAAGGGAAGCGAAGAAGGAUACAAGGAAGAUAUUUGA